GAGGGCGAGGCGCCGUGCCGCGCAGGGCCGUGGCCGCCAUUUUGUGUGGCUGAGCGAGGAGCGGCGGCGGGGCCGGCGGAGCGGUGCUGCGCGGGGGGGGGGCGGCGAGGACGUGACGGGACGUGGCGGCGGGCGAGCGGCGGGGUCGGUUCCGAGAGGCCCGCGGGUGUGUGCGCGGGCGGACGAGACGGACAGAAGUCGUUGGACUUCUCCCAUUGGAGCUUCAGUGCCGAGAAUCCGAUGUUGGGCUCGGCUACCUGGCUGAAUACAGCAGAUCAUCCCAUGAAAACUUCUAUUCCUAGCGAAAGGAAGGAGUCCAGUAAAAGGCACCACCUACUUUUUCAGGCUUGGAAGCAAGAAAGGGAGCAAGAGUUGGAGGGUGUGGAAUCUGAGAAGGCCACUGAAAGGUGACAUUUAAGUUGAAGAUGGGUGGUGGAGAGAGAUUCAACAUUCCAGCUCCCCAGUCUAGAAAUAUUACCAAGAACCAUCAGCAACUUAAAAACAGGCAGAAGAGUAAAGACCAGAAUUCGCAGAUGAAGAUGAACUAUAUGAAGAAAGAAAGAGGACAUGGAUGCAAUUCAUCAUCUGGUGCAUGGCAGGCCAUGCAGAAAGGGGGAAAGAACAAUGCUCAUUUCCCCAAUAAUCAAAAUUGGAGUCCUAAUUUAUCAAAUCGUAACCUGUUUUUCACACCUCAAACCAAUCAGAACUAUGCUGGAGCAAAGUUUAGUGAGCCACCCUCACCAAGUGUUCUUCCCAAGCCACCAAGCCACUGGGUACCUGUUUCUUUUAAACCUUCUGAUAAAGAAAUAAUGACAUUUCAGCUUAAAACAUUACUUAAAGUCCAGGCUUGAGAUGGAAUUCUUCAUAUUUUAAAGUUAUUUAAAGUUAUUUAAAUUUACAGGGUUUCACAUUUGAGAAUAGUUAUUCGUAAAUGUAGAUGCACAGGUAUACAGAAUUAGAUGUUCUUGCUAUGUAUAGUUAGUCAGUUGCAAGAGAAGGGACUGGGUAGGGAAACUUACACUCCCCUAGUGUUUGACCUCAAAAGUUAAGUGCUCUGGAAUAGGCAUUUUCCCUAGAAUCACUUUAACCAAAUCCUGAGCUGUCACCAUUUACUACGUUUAUUGUAAAUGGGACUCUCUCUCAAAAUUGGAAUUAUGACUCCUUUUUGUGUAGGGCAUUAGAAAACCAGCUUUUACCUAAUUUAAUGCAGCAUUAACUGAAAAAAAAAUGCACUGAAAGCUUUAGUCAGGUACUUUGCCAUUCAAACCUGUGUCAAAUUUGCUAGUUAAAACUGCAGAGCAGAGUUCCCUAGCAGAGGGGAGUUUUUACCUAGGUACUAGUUAAAAUAAUUAUUACUAGUACUGGUGACUAUUUUUCUUUAAUACCUGUGAGCUUUGACACUCAAGCCUGUGACUGAAAUUUAGAUCUAGGAAACUCAUACGUGUUCUUGAAAAGAUGGAAGAACACAACAAGGAAAUGUGUGUUUCAGUCUCUCUCCAGCUGUAGCUAUACUUCAUUGGAAUCUCAAGUCAGACUGUGCCAAUUAAUAACAUACUUUGCAUUGCCGGAUGACUGCCAAAAAAAAGUCCAAAAAAAAUCCUUUGUAUUCUGAUUGCACUGAUAAGUUCUAAAAUAUGCUUUUGUAUCAUUUUCUAAUUGUCAAGAAGCUGGAGCAAUUCUUAAGCGAGUCUUCAAUUGGUUGUCCUGUAACAAUUGCUUUAAGUUGCAGUAUCUUGUGGCAGGUAUAAAAUGUUCUCACAGGGAAAAAAGAGCCAUGUAAAUAAGUGUAAAACGUUGUAGCAUAUGUAAAUUUAUGCUGGGCUUUCCUGCACAGAAGUAUUUUUAGUAUAAAACUGCUGAAUGUAAGAUGACCAUGCUGAGUACAUGGCCUGAUUUUAAAAAAAGAUAUUUUGUUAAAAAGAAAUACAAACCAUAAAAGGACACUUCUUCACUUGAUACACAGUGAAUGCAUACAUUUUACUUUGCUGUGAGCUCAUUUUUAAAGUAACUCAGUGCUAAAGAGGCUUAUUUAGAAUUUUGUGGUAAAAUUUAAAAAAAAGCUCACUUUUAAGACACCGAUUUUUGAGUGUAUAGGAGAGGUGCAGGUUAAGUGAUCACAGGCAGUAAGGUGCUUAUAAUCUGGAUGUUUCACAAGAAAUGCAAAGGGCAAUUUGGGUGCUUAAUGAAGUACUGUUAAAAUGUUUGUUUCUAAAAUUAAUGCUACAACAUUUUGUAACAGUAUUUACUAAAAUUUGUGAAGUUCAGAUGUCAACAUGCAGAUUUCAGUGCUGUUACAAUUCAGUUGAUCCUGUAAUAGAAAUAAUCUGAACUGUGAUAGUCUGAGGUUCUGCACUAAUCCAGUACUGAAGAAGUGGUUUAGUUUGAAAGGGAGUUCUGCAGAUUGUGAAAUGUUCCUUAAGAUACCUUCCUAUGCAUUCAAAAUGCAUUGGCAGCUAGGUGAAUGUUUACAAAUCUAUUCUUUCAUUGGCAGUCUUAAAACUUUGUGACCUGGACCUUCACCAGUGUAAGAGCUGUGUCCCAGUUACAAUUGUGUAUACUCUAUUUCAAAUUGUCAAUUACUGUGUGUACAAAUUGGUAACAAAAAAAUUAAAUAAAAAUUCUUCCUCCCCCA